AUGGCUGGUUGGCAAUUGCAAUGCUCCAACACAACUUGUUUACCAGUUGCCACUUUCAGUGUGUCGAGCAUUGACAACUGUGAAAUGGCUUGUUUAGCUGAAGUCCAUUGUAAAGCAAUUAGUUUUCAUAAAUCAUCAUCUAAUUGUGAAUUAUUUGCUGACAUAUCAAACCAAAACGGCAAUCUGGUGAUGAACACGGACACUGUUACUAUGAUUGUUAUGGAUGGAACACGAAUUCCACUUGAACCGACUACAGUAUCAACAACAUCGGCAGCACUAAUAUCACCGGCAACAACACCAGCAGUACUAACGUCAGUAGCAACAACACCAGCAGCACUUACGUCAGCUGCAACAACCCCAGCCGCACUAACAUCACCGGCAACAACACCAGUAGUACUAACAACCCCAGUAGCACUAACAUCACCGUCAACAACACCAACAUCAUCAUCAAUAUCAACGACAACGUCGUCAUCAACAUCAUCCACAUCGUCAACAACAACAACAACUGCUUCAUCAUCAUCAUCAACAUCAUCAUCAUCAACAACAUCAUCAUCAACAACAUCAUCAUCAUCAUCAUCCACGUCGUCAACAACAUCAUCCACUUCAUCAUCAACAUCAUCCACAUCGUCAACAACAUCAACCACUUCAUCAUCAACAUCAUCUACAACAUCAACAACACCAGCAGCAACUACAGUCGGCUGCAGUACGUUUCUUAAUCAAACUACUUACGCAGUUGGUUCUUCCCCGCAGUCAGUAGCAGUCGUCGAUGUGAAUAGCGACAAUAAACCCGAUAUUGUUGUUGCAAACUGGGGUUCGGCCACCGUCGGUGUUCUUCUCAACACAGGCAGCGGUACCUUUAGUGCUCAAACUACUUACACAGUUGGUUCUUAUCCAAAGUCAGUAGCUGUCGUCGAUGUGAAUAGCGACAAUAAACCCGAUAUUGUUGUUGCAAACAAUGGCGAUAUCACCGUCGGUGUACUUCUCAAUACAGGCAAUGGCACUUUUAAAGCUCAAACUACUUACACAGUUGGUACUGACCCAAUGUCAGUAGCAGUCGUCGAUGUGAAUAGCGACAAUAAACCCGAUAUUGUUGUUGCAACCUAUUAUUCGAACAACGUCGGUGUUCUUCUCAAUACAGGCAACGGCACCUUUAAUGCUCAAACUACUUACACAGUUGGUAGUCAGCCAUUUUCAGUAGCAGUCGUCGAUGUGAAUAGCGACAAUAAACCUGAUAUUGCUGUUGCAAACUAUGGUUCAAACACCGUCGGUGUUCUUCUCAACGCAGGCAAUGGCAUCUUUAAUACUCAAACUACUUACCCAGUUGGUACUUCUCCAUAUUCAGUAGCAGUCGUCGAUGUGAAUAGCGACAAUAAACCCGAUAUUGUUGUGGUAAACAAUGGCGAUAGCACCGUCGGUGUACUUCUCAACACAGGCAAUGGCACCUUUAAAGCUCAAACUACUUACACAGUUGGUAGUAGUCCACAGUCAGUGGCAGUCGUCGAUGUGAAUAGCGACAAUAAACCUGAUAUUGUUGUUGCAAACGAGGGUUCAAAUACCGUUGGUGUUCUUCUCAACACAGGUAGCGGCACCUUUAGUGCUCAAACUACUUACUCAGUUGGUACUAGCCCAUGGACAGUAGCAGUCGUCGAUGUGAAUAACGACAAUAAACCCGAUAUUGUUGUUGCAAACUUUGGUUCAGCCACCGUCAGUGUUCUCAUGCAUUGUUAA